AUGGACUCAACGGCCCUCAACGAAAGAUGGCUGUGGCUGAGUUCGGUUCUGUUCUGUCUGCUGCUGCUGACCGUCACUGCAAACCGCCAGAUGACGUUACCUGCAGGUAGUAACCACCGGUCGGUGACGGUGACGGCGACGGCGACAGUCGUCGACGGUAUUGUUCGCGUUGUGCAUCGAUUCCGCACCUCACCGACCAGCGGUCAGCGUUAUCCGUCUGGACGGUUGCUAGUUCCAGUUGGCGACCGCUCGCUUGCGUCAGGAUGUGCCGGGGUGAUAUACCAGCUCGUCGUCGGCUGGUCGGCUAGUCAAGCGUUUCGGAUAAUUGUCACCCGUCCCCGGGGCGUAACUUUCACUGGUCAAGUAAUGAGUUUGUUGUUGACGGCUGACGGAUUGGUGAGUGCCGCGAACUCGCCUUCAGUCAAGUGGUCUCCUGGAAGUAGUCGCGCGAAGGCGGCGCCAGUUGACCGGAAAAUGUGUACGCUUCUGUUAAGCGAUUGA